GACUGCCGUGUUGAGAUGUCUUUCAGCUGCGGGAAACCCUUAGAUAGACCGGGCUUGUCAUUCGCGAUGUCCUCGAUGUGCGACUAUAAAAGCCGUUUGAUCUCCUGUGAUGGUGUGGCACUUGGUCGUCACCAACAGCUCGCUUUGUUUCUUUAACGACACAUUCCAUUUCCAUCCAGGCAUCAACAUGAAGUCCUGCCUCCCGCUCCUCACCCUCCUCUCAGCAUCUCUGCUCCUCCUACCUCAAGGAGUCUCCGGCGCAGAGGCGUUGGCACCCAAAGACAAUUACCCCAAGCCUCCCAGCCUCCAGUACCUCUACACCGUCAACAUCACCGGCGGAGAAACCUACAACAUCGGCAACGGUCCAAACGGCCUUCGCCUUGUCGUGCCCAUCUUGAACGGAACCUUUUCCGGUCCCAAGCUUAAGGGUUGGUUGCUUUUACCCAUCCAACUCUCCUCUUCCCCUUGAACAUUCUGCUCUUCUAUCUCCCCUUGUUGCUGUUGGUGUGCUGAAACUGGUGAGCACGGGGGGGUUG